AGCCUUUCUUUCCCAUCCCACGCUGCCCCCAAUUGCUCCACAGAAAUGAGAAAAGCCCCCCAAACCCAAAGCACAGCCGCCUUCAUCCCCACUGCCCCACGUCCCCACCCAGACACCUGCCCAAGAGACUUUGUCCUGUGCCAUCCUUUACACCGCAGCUUUCAGAUCACCAUGCCCACAGGUGUUCCCAACAUCCCCAAAGAGAGCUCGUCCCUGGUAGGAUGAGAGCUGCCCACGCCCCAGGGUGGGGUGUCCCCACCCCAGUAAACCCUUCUGCUCACCUAUAAUAGGUGAGGCUGGAAGGACAGGGGCACUGCAGCUGCCCUCUGCCACCAUGCAGAACUACCCGCAGCACACCAGUAUCAACAUGCCAUCCUUUGGGCAGAAUGUGAUCAACACCGUUCCCGUCUCCUCGCCACCGCCGCCACCCCCCAAGGAUUUUGUACUCUGGUCCCUCUUCAACUUCGUACUCUGCAACCCCUUCUGCCUGGGCUUCUGUGCGCUCUCAUACUCCAUUAAGUCCCGAGAUAGGAUAAUUGCCCAGGACCUCACAGGUGCCAGCAGCUACGGGAGGACGGCCAAGAUCUUGAACAUCGUUGCACUCUGCCUGGGACUCUUGGUGACCAUCAUCUCCAUUGUCCUGGUGUUUCUCUACCUUCCACUCUACUACGUUCAGCCUUGAUCUGGCCCGAUGAAGAGGAGCAGCGCCACGGUCCCACUCCUCCUCCCCUCUCCCCCUGAUCCCAUCAGUGCCUUGGUACCACCCCACCGAGGUGGCCCUGUUAGGGAUGAGGCCUCGGGAUGAGCUCAAGACAAAUAAAGCUUUUUCCUCAUUCUCUUCCUGUUCAGAAAUGUUGUGGUUUUACGGUUCGGGGAUUGGGGCUGCCCCAUAGCUGGGACGAGAUGCUUGGGCAGGGAGUGUGUGUCUGUGCUGUUCGGUCAUUCCUCCUCCUGGGGCUGCGAGGGUUGCUCAGAGUCAUCAAACCCAGACUCGUUUCUGCGUC